GUGAAAUUGUGAACCAAAAUUUUCACUCAAAUCACAAAAAACCUCCGAACUUCAAAUCUCUCGCUAGGCCCCGUCACCUCACCUUCUCUCUUCCUUUCUUCCUACUUUUUGCUUUUUCUUUUUACGUGAGGAAACCUCCAAAGAUCGCAGUUUUACAUCGCCAUUGAUAAAGUACGCACUUUCUCUUGCGCAAAAGCUGUCUUAUAAGGAUUCAAAGCCGAAGUACGAGUUAAUGGGUACUCAAUCAAAUGGAAAAAAGGAGGAAGCUUUGAAUGAGCCCAAUAUCAGUCUCUCUUUCAGGAAAGAUGAGAAUUUUGAGGAAUGGUACUCCGAGGUUGUUGUAAAUGGAGAGAUGAUUGAGUAUUAUGACAUACCUGGCUGCUAUGUCAUUAGACCGUGGGCAAUCUCGAUUUGGGAGAUCAUGAAAGAGUUUUUUGAUGCCGAAAUCAAGAAAAUGAAAAUUAAGAACUGCUACUUUCCUCUCCUCGUGCCUGCUGAUUUCCUACAAAAGGAGAAAGAUCAUAUAAAGGGAUUUGCUUCUGAGGUUGCAUGGGUUACAAGGUCUGGAGAAUCUGAACUAAAGCUGCCCAUUGCCAUUCGCCCGACUAGUGAAAGUGUCAUGUAUCCAUAUUUUUCCAAGUGGAUUAGGGGCCACCGUGACUUACCUUUGCGAUUUAAUCAGUGGUGUAAUGUUGUCAGAUGGGAAUCCAGAAAACCAACCCCGUUUCUCAGGAGUUGUGAGUUUCUGUGGCAGGAAGGACAUACAGCUUUUGCAACCAAAGAGGAAGCAGAUAACGAGGCUUUUAUCCCUGACUCUGGACAUGGAUUGCAAGGUGCAACUUCAAACUGUCUGGGCCAACAUUUUGCAAGAACAUUUGAGAUAAAUUUCGAGAACGAGAAGGGCGAAAGUGUCAAUGUCUGGCAGAAUUCAUGGGCUUACACAACCAGAACAUUAGGGCUGAUGGUAAUGGUUCAUGGUGAUGAUAAAGGCUUGGUUCUCCCUCCUAAAGUGGCUUCCCUUCAAGCAAUUAUUAUCCCUAAUGUGUCCUCUUUCAGUACGAAUUUCCAGGCCAUCUUUCACGAAUGUGAAAAAACUGUAAAAAAUCUGAGUGAGGCCGGUAUUCGUGCUGAUGUUGAUCUUAGAGAUAAUUAUUCGUACGAAUGCAAAAACUCUCAUUGGGAGUUAAAAGGAGUGCCUCUCAGGAUAGGAAUAGGACCUGAAGACUUGGCAAAUAAGAAGGUUCGUGCGGUUAGACGUGAUAAUUUUGAAGAAAUUGAUAUUCCUCUGGCAAAUUUGGUUGUGGAAGUUAGAAACUUGCUCGAUCAUAUCCAACAAAAUCUCUUUGAAGUUGCAAAACAAAAGCGGGAUUCAUGCAUUCGAGUCGUUUAUAGCUGGGAAGAAUUUUAUGAAGCGCUUAACCAGAAAAAGAUGGUUUUCGCUCCUUGGUGUGACGAGGAGGAGGUCGAAAAUGACGUGGCAACUCGCACCAAAGGUGAUGCAAAGUCGUUGUGUUCUCCACUCGAUCAGCCUCCGAUUCCAGAGGGUACGUUGUGCUUUGCAUCUGGAAAGCCUGCUAAGAAGUGGACCUAUUGGGGAAAGAAUUUUUCCCCUUUCUUGCCUAUGGCCGAGGUCCAUAUUCAAAUAGAAGUGGAAGAAUCUAGAACCCCACAUGAAACCACCCCUCUGAUUAAAAGUCCUGGCGCAGCCCAUGAAUCAAACAGCCCAGAUGAGCAAGAAGAUGAUAAAGAGACCCACUUGGAUAAAACCCUCCAAAGCUUGCAUUUUUUCCUAUCAUUUUUGGGAUUUAACCAGUCCUCGAUAUGGAGCUUUGUGAUAUCUUGGGGGGUUUUUUUGGUGAUUGGAGUUUUGCUUCCGGUGGUGGUGCUCGAGUUCUCUGACUGUCCAGGGUGUGAAAAGGGCCAAAUCAAGAGUUUUGAGAUUGGUAUAGUGAUUUCUCAGGCUUGUUUGGCUGCUUCAUCUUUGAUAUGCCUUUCUCAUAAUUUGAGGAAAUAUGGAGUUAGGAAAUUUCUGUUUGUCGAUCGGUACAGUGGACAUGUGGAGAGGUUCAGUGGGCAAUAUGUGCAGAAAAUCUCUGAAUCCAUGCGCACAUUAGUACUAUGGGUGCUAGCUUGUUGCCUUUUGAAAACCGUACGUGAAAUUGUACGGUUUUCUUAUGUUCAUCACGGGACAUGGUGGCAAUCUGCCGUUAUUUCAUUGGCUUUUGUGCUUUCUUGGACAUACGUGACAACCAUAAUUUUGUCAUCGUGCAUUUUGUUCUAUGUGGUGUGCAACUUGCAAAUUAUCCAUUUCGAUGACUAUGGGAAGCUUCUGGAAAGAGAACCAGAUGUGGUAACCCUAUUACAAGAGCAUGCUCGCCUGCGUUUUUACCUCUCGAAAAUAAGCCACAGGUUUAGAAUAUAUCUUCUUCUACAGUUUGUGAUUGUGACCAUAAGCCAGUUCAUGACUUUAUCACAGACCACAGAGUAUAAUGGAAUGGUUACAAUCAGCAAUGGCGGUGAUUUUGCUGUGUCCACAAUCGUUCAAGUCGUGGCUAUAAUCCUUUGCCUAAAUGCAGCUGCAAAAAUAUCACACAGGGCCCAAGGCAUUGGGGCACUAGCAAGCAGAUGGCAUGCUUUAAUGACUUGUACCGCCAACGAUGCAUCUCAAUUGCGAACUUCGAAUAGCAUCGGGAAUUUAGAAGCCGCCAACCGGUUGAGUGCAUUUCACGUGGACUACUCAGAGAGUGAUUUGGAGUCGUUGGAUUUGAUGACGGGGCCCACAAAUGUACAACUCGCAUCAUACAUGUCUUCUUACCACAAAAGACUCGCUCUAGUGAUGUAUUUGCAGGCAAAUCCAGGAGGAAUCACGAUUUUUGGGUGGACAGUUGACCGAGGCUUGAUCAACACGAUAUUCUUCAUCGAGUUAUCUUUGGUCACCUUCGUGCUGGGAAAGACUAUUGUUGUAACAUCAUACUAUUUUGGCCGGACUAAA